UUGCUGAGUAUCUUUUAAAGCAUCCACGUCUUUUUUUUUUUUGUUUUGACCCGAUUGAUGUUUAUGUCGGCUGUGUCCCUUUCCUUCAUGGUAUAACAAAAAUUGGGUUGCAACCAUUCAUGAAUUGAAUACCCCAAUUUGCUUUCUUGCAAAAGUAGGCGACCCUGACCGGUUUUGUUUCAUGCAGUGAAGUUUCUGGAUUAUGGGUACCCGCAUAAUCCAAAAAGGUCUUAUUUUUCAAAGGAUUGCCAGAGAAGGUCUAUUUUGCUGAUAGAGCAUUAAAAUCAUUCCCAGGAAGUGUUGAAGAAUAGGAAGCGCUAGAUUCCACACAUAUUUUAUUAAUCCUUUGGUCUACAACAAAUGAGAUGUAAUACAGAAGGUAUUGUGAUCUAUUGCAGACAGUUUCAUUGGUUUUUAGAGAGUGCUUCCAGUGUUCAACUUAUCUUGUAGAGUAAUAAUUGCAGAAUGGAGUCUAAAGAAGCACCAAGUGUUAUUUUAAAUUUGAUGGGUCUUGAUAAAGUGCCUAACCAACAUCCUGUCAGAGAUAAACAGAAAGUGCUCUCUGAGAAUUAUCAGCAGAAAGUUGCUUCCAUUGGUGUCAGAAAGAAGCGUUCAUCUCAUCAAGGAAUGAAUACUAGUGAAAAGGACAAAUCUGAGGAUGGUGUAGAAGUGUUCAAAGCACUCAGGCGAAGUAAGCACCAUAACCCAUCAAAAAGAAAUGGGAAAGAGAAUCCCAGUUCUAGUAAAAAUUCUCAUUUGGCUGAUGGGCUGCUCCAACAGAUAUUUUAUCCUGAAAGCAUGAAAGUAUUUCCUCCAAAGGAAGAUAGAAAGAAAAUAUCCCAUCACAUGGAUUUUGGUAAGCCAAGCUCAAGAUCUUUCAGUAAAAUUUCAGAGGAGAUUUCUAUGCAAUCUGGAAAUGUUGUAAAUGGAGCUUUGCAUACUGCCUCAACUACUUUUUUCAGAGGGAAUGAAGCUUUUGCCAAUGAUAUGCUGAAUCCUGCUUCAAAUAUUUCAGUUAAUGAGAUCCAAUUCAAUUCCCCAAUCUUCUGCUCAGAUGGUUCGUAUAUAGGCUCUCAAGCCAGUAGGAAAACUUUGGAAAAGAAGUAUGUGACUGAAAAGGUUCAUGAACCUAGACCAUUUGGUGGAGACUGUACGCAUAACCAAUUGCCUAUGAUCUGGGAAAAAGGGAAUGGAGCAAGAAAUUUGACUCAUCAAAGGGGAUAUGGUAAUGUUAGAACUAAGUCUGGUGAUAAUUAUAGCUUUGCUAGAAGAGUGCCAAGACCUCUUUGUUCAGCUUCAGUUGUUGCUGAUAAUUGUGGAACUGUGAAUCAGGAUAUCUUGUUUCAGAGAUAUUGGGGUUUGAGAAAAAAUGCAUCCUCAAAUUGGUCAUCAUGGAAGAAUCAAAAUAAUUACCACAAAGAAUGUUUAGAAGAUGUGAACCUCAGUUCUGUUGGUGAGAAAUUCCUUUCUUUUUACUCAUAUUUCAAUAUUGAUCACACUGAAGAGAAUUGUAUUAGUCACAAGUCAGAGAAGAGAUUUUAUGAGAACGAUUUGUCUGAUAAGAUAACUAUGCCUCCUCAAUUGCCAAGUUCUAGUUCUUCUCCCACCUUUAUAGACGGACAAAUCUUGCAAGAGAGAAGCGUAAUGAAUGAUGAAGUGAAGAACAGAAAGUAUGAAGACAGUAAUUUGUGUAAGCAAAAUGUUGUGUCUCUUGACUCAUCAGUUGAAUUCUUGGUAUCUGAUGCAACAGCUGAGGUUGUUGACUGGACACAUAGUCCAACCGAACAUCAAUCUAAAUCAACAGCCUUCACUUUAUCACAAGAAAUUGAUUGUUUGAAUCAGACUUCAUAUGCCUCAAAGCAACAGGAUAGAUCAGAACUGCAAGAAGAUUCUGUUCAUUCGCCUUGUCAUGAGGUUGAGCCAGAUUCCCUUGGUAGCUCUGUGGAGUCAUAUGAACCGAGUCCAAUCUCUGUCUUGGAUCCCUUAUUUGGAGAAGACAUUCAAUUCAGCUAUAAAAGUGACAAUCACAUAUAUGAUUCAUCAGAGGUGGAUGAUGAAGAAUGUGGUUUGAAUGUUUCAAAUGAUGAAGAAUGUGGUUUGAAUGUUUCAAGUGAUGAAGAAUGUGGUUUGAAUGUUUCAAGUGAUGAAGAUUGUGAGAAUGAAUAUGCACAUAACUCUCAAGAAAAGAAAGAAGUAGCAGGAUUAUUUAGAGCUGAAGAAAGCAGGGAUUUCUCAUAUGUUGUUGAGGUUUUAACAGAAGCAAGUAUAUUUAACAGGAAGUUGUUUACAGAUUUUUCUACAUGGCACUCUUCAGAAUGUCCAAUUAGUCCUUCUGUCUUUGAAGUCCUGGAAAAGAAAUUUGGCCAGCAACAGUUUUGGAGGAGAUCUGAAAGGAAACUGCUAUUUGAUCGCAUGAACACAGGGUUGCUACAGAUUUUUCAGCCAUAUUCAUUUGUUCCAAUGUGGGAAAAAUCAACAUCAAAAAGAUUGAAUGUUGAACUAAGACAGAACAUGAUUGAAGAUGAGAUGUGGGGGUUGCUUGUUGCGCAAGAAAAGAAAGCAAGUAAUGAUUUAGCAGACAAUACGCUUGAGGGGAAGAUCACAUGGAUAGAACUAGUUGAAGAUGUUGAGGAUAUUGUUACAGAGAUAGUUAAUUUGGUAACAGAGGAGCUUGCAAACGAGAUAGUUACCUCUGUGAAUUUUUGAAAGAUUGCAUUUUUUUUUAUAGUAUGUGCAAUUGGUGUAUAGUUUCAUUGAGUGGAUUUUGAGAGGUUUAUUGAGUCAAUUUUGAGAAUUGGAAUUAGGACAUAGGUAUUUGAAGAGUUUGAGUUAGCAUAUAGGUAUAGGUUUGAUAUUCUUUUAUACGGAAAGAUUAUUGUUUUUCAUUUGUAUAAAAAAUGAUCAGCAUGUUGAUUUGUUCUUCAUUCUA